AUGGCUCCAAAGAAUAAGGAGUCAGUACUGAACCGUGGUGCUGCUUGUUUGGAGUGUCGCAAACGCAAGCUCAAGUGCGAUGCUGCCAAACCUUACUGCGGUGCCUGUGUAAAGUCAAGCCGGCAGGAUCGGUGUAUCUAUGAAGCAAUAAGGAACAAGAACCUCGCAGAUCAGCUUGAAGAGCGCGUCAAUCAACUCGAACGCAUGGUCGAACGCAUGGAGCGUGAAGGAUCCACGGGUAUGACGGCCUUGUCCCCGACUCAGAUGCACGGCUCCAGCACUGGAUAUGGAGUAGUCCCAAAUACCCAUAAUGAGCUCACUUCUAGCUCGAGUAUAGCUCCAAGUGGCAUCCCAAUGCCCCUGGCUGGCAACUAUGGUACGUUUAUGCCCCUCGACCACAAGUCCAACUCCCGUCAGCACUACCUGGACGCGCUUAUAACGCUGCCUUGGGAUGAUGCAGUAGAGGCUUGGUCGAGGUUGCCAGAUGAAUCGCAUAACUCCUUGGUCGAUAUAUUCAUCACAUACCUCCCCAAGUCAAAUAUUCAACUCCAUGUCGAACGAUUCUUAUCGAACCUAGCCUUGCCUGACGAUAAUCCAAGGAGCAUACAUCCGGCAAUGCUAGCUGCAGUCUAUUUGCUGGCUUGCUACCACUGGUCUGAUUCACUAAUGGCCUACGAAGCAGCUUUCCUCGCACAAGCCCGUACCCUCAUGCAAGAUGCGCUUGCCAAGAAGGAUCGUCUUUUUACUGGGUUUAUUCAGCCUGGUAUAUUGGUCACAGAGUACUUGCUAAAUCGUGGCCGCUUUAGAGAGGCUUAUCAUCAGAUCAUCCAAACUACUUCAUUCUGCAUGAACUGCAAUUUACACAAGCUGAAGUCCUCCAUCUUGGGCCCUAUGAUGUCUGGUUGCCCCAGUGGAUUACUGCCACCACCAACUGACGGUGUUGAGCUUGGAGAACGCAUCCUCGCAUUUUGGGCAGCGUUCAUGUUAGAUCAAAAGUGCUGCAUCAUGGGCCUACCGAGCUCAUUCGGAAAGGCUGAUGAACUAGACACACGCGGCCGUAUCGACACCGUUUGGCCCAAUACUAUCACCGAAUACGAAGAAGGUCAUAUCACACAUGCUGAUUCGAUGACCCUUCGUUUCCUGUGCACCGAUGGCCCCCAAAUCAUGUUGCAGGAGAGUGAAGGCGGAUUCAAAAUCCGCUUGCAGAGCUUUGCUCUGUACAAGUUUGCGGGAGAUUCCGAGAUGGCUCCCGAUGAUGUGGGCCUCGCUAUUUCUCAAUUCAUCAGGCGUCUGCCUGCUCCAGAUCCUAACGACCCAGUGAACAUGCCAAGUUUGGCUGUGGCACAUAUAGUCUCUCACGCAGCCAUGAUUCGGCUCUGCGCACGAUCAUCGGCAACCCAGACUAUGGAUGGUCGGGCUCUCGAAGCUUCGCUCAGCUGUGCGAGGAUGAUUCAUUUGCUUACCGUAUCAGACUUUGAUAUGUGGAGCUUAGAUAUCGUGCUUUGCUAUAUCUGGGCUGACUGUGCAAAGAUCUUGGCUCGCUAUAUCAAGGAGAAGGAACAAGGUGGCGCUCUAGCAGAAGGCACUCGGUUGCGGCCUGCCCUGGCAGCGAUUUUAGCGGGUUUGGCUAGGGCCGGACAGGUUUAUUCCGUCAUUAACUCCGAGGUUCAAAUGGUAGAAUCUUUGAUUACAUCCCUCGAUGGUUGA